AUGGACCUCGAAGAAAGAGAUAACAAAGGACCCGUGUACAGAAAGGACAUCACACCUGCCGAUCUUUGCAUCUCCAUACAGUGGAACUCGCUGCCCAUUUGCCUGCCGUUGGAUGGAAGCAGAUCUUUGCGUCACCGUAGAGUAGAACUCGCUACCCAUUUGCCUGCCGUUCACAAACUGAAGCACGGACCCGUGUACAGAAAGGACAUCACACCUGCCGAUCUUUGCAUCUCCAUACAGUGGAACUCGCUGCCCAUUUGCCUGCCGUUGGAUGGAAGCAGAUCUUUGCGUCACCGUAGAGUGGAACUCGCUACCCAUUUGCCUGCCGUUCACAGACUGAAGCACGGACCCGUGUACAGAAAGGACAUCACACCUGCCGAUCUUUGCAUCUCCAUACAGUGGAACUCGCUGCCCAUUUGCCUGCCGUUGGAUGGAAGCAGAUCUUUGCGUCACCGUAGAGUGGAACUCGCUACCCAUUUGCCUGCCGUUCACAGACUGAAGCACGGACCCGUGUACAGAAAGGACAUCACACCUGCCGAUCUUUGCAUCUCCAUACAGUGGAACUCGCUGCCCAUUUGCCUGCCGUUGGAUGGAAGCAGAUCUUUGCGUCACCGUAGAGUGGAACUCGCUACCCAUUUGCCUGCCGUUCACAGACUGAAGCACGGACCCGUGUACAGAAAGGACAUCACACCUGCCGAUCUUUGCAUCUCCAUACAGUGGAACUCGCUGCCCAUUUGCUUGCCGUUUAUGGAUGGAAGCACAGACCUGUGUACAAUAAAGACAGUCUUUGGAAUAAUAAGUAAUCGCAAGCUAAUUCACAGAUACAUAAUGAAAAGAAAUUUGCUAAGUUAUUUCAAGCCAAACAAUAAGGAAGUCAUCGAAAUAGAAAGUGUUGAAAUUAGUGACAGUGACGAGUCCCAUCAUGGUGCUUCAGAGGAUGCGAGUGGGAGUACCAUAGACCCAAGUGUUGAACAGAUAAAUGCAGAUUGUGAACAGCGUAAGAAAAGAGUACGAGAUGAAAAUGGGAGUUCCAUACCCGACUGCUGGACAGAUGAACAGGCAUCCCAGUUUAAAGAUAAAUAUGCCUGGCUAAAAAUAUCCAAAGGAAAAAUUGGGUGUGAUAUUUGUGCUAGAGUUCAGACACUAGGAUCUGGGGCUGAAACAUUACGUGGAUGUAGUAAAACAUUAUCCGUAGAAUGGGCAACAAGCAAUGUAGGUCCGUAUGGUGACACAAAAUCAAAGCAGCAAUUAUCGCUGCGUACAAAAAUUCAUGACCACCGUUAUUCAAAAGCACAUGAGGCAGCAGUUAAGAUGUUACAGGAAAAAAACAAUAAUGUUUUACCACAGUUAGUUGCCCAACAAUACAACGAACAUAUUCAAACAACUGUAAGAGUUUUCAGAACUGCUUACCAUGUUGCUAAAAAUAACCGUCCAUUCACAGAUCAUCCACAGUUAAUUGACCUACAGGAAGCCAAUGGAUGUGAUCUAGGAAAAAUAUUGCAGAGCAACGUUGUAUGCACAGAUAUAGUUACUCAUAUUUCAUCAGAAAUGAGAAAGCGACUCAUUCAGAAUAUAGUAACCUUAAAACCAAAAGUCAGCAUUCAAGUUGAUGAAAGCACAAGUGUCUCUAAAAAAAACACACUGAUCUUAUAUGUGCGAGCAAUUAUGGUGGCAAUGGCAGGUGAAAGUUCUGAAGAUUGCCAACCCACAACUUUUUUUCUUGAUUUAGUUGAGCUUGAAAGUACAACAGCCCAGGGCAUUUAUGAUUCCAUACUAGCCACUCUGAGCAAACAUGGCUUAUCAAAAAGUCUUUUGUCAGAAAUUCUAAUUGGUUUUGGAAGUGACGGAGCAGCAGUAAUGCUUGGUUCUAAGUCUGGAGUUGCCACAAUUCUACGUAAGGAGUUUCCAAACCUCAUCAGUUGGCACUGCCUAAACCACCGCCUAGAGCUAGCUGUUUCAGAUACAGUGAAGGAUCUCACAGAGAUAUUUCACUUUCAGUCUUUUGUAGAUAGUCUGUAUACACUAUACAGCCGUUGUCCAAAGAAUUUGAGAGAGUUACAGAAGUGUUCAGCAGAACUCCAUGACAUUGUUUUAAGUAUAGGUCGUGUACUUGAUACCAGAUGGGUUGCCUCAAGUUUCAGAACAGUAUAUGCUAUAUGGCGUUCAUAUCCUGUGUUGUUCAAGCAUUUUCAAGAACAGGUGCAAUGCAAAAGUAAAGAAAGCACAACGUUUUACUCAUUGAGUAGGCAAUUGCAAAGUGAGGAGUUCCUUAUGAAUUUAGCCUUAAUGUGUGAUGCUCUGUCAGAACUUCGUGACCUUUCAUUAGCUUUACAAGACCGAAAUAUUCACUUAGUAAAAGCUCAAAGGCUAUUAGUGAGGCAGGUUCAUGUUUUUGAGUCACGCAUUGACAAUGUAACAGGAAUGUUCUCAAAUGAGGCUUCUGAAUCUAUCUCGACAGGACAUUUCAAAGGAGUAGAACUUAUUAAAAAUUCGAAAGUAAAAACCAUCAGACGUGGACAGUUUUAUGCUAGCCUAAAAUCUAAUAUUGAAAAUCGCUGUCUGUCAUCAGAAGACAAAAAGUUUUACGAAGUUGUUAAAGUUAUUUACAAAGACUUCUGGCCUGAUGUCUUGCCAAUGGAGUUUGGUGAAAAAGAGUUGAAAACCUUAUAUGACCGUUUCCAAAUUAAUUUUGGAAAAACAAAGAUGGCUUUCCGAGACUUCAAACACAACGGAGGCAAAAGUGUACCAUCAUAUUUGUUGCCACUUCUCCACUGCAUACAAACGGUGCCAGUUAGCAAUGCAGAAUGUGAAAGAGGUUUCAGUGUGAUGAACAUAAUAGCUACCAAGAUAAGGAGUUCUCUUUCCAUUCCUCACCUAGCAGAACUUAUGAUGAUUAGCAUAUGUGGUCCUCCACUUCACUUAUGGAAUCCAGUGCCUUAUGUGAAAUCUUGGUUAGCAAAAGGCAGACGAAGUGCUCUUCAAGAUGUCUGCCUAACAUGACGGAGAAAAGAGGAUAGCUCCAGUUUCCAGCACUUGUGGCGUUUGUUAUAGGAACAGGACAAUGUUAUAAAAGCACUGGGGCAGGCAAAUCCCUGCAACCCGAAUUGACACCUCAUCUCCUACUUCCUCUGCGGGAUGAACCUUCCAAAGACCACCACCUUGUUAGGACUCAGUCACCUGGGAAUGGCAAUGACCACCAUCAAAAGACUUCGUCACCAGGGAAUCACAGACUC